AUGGGUAAUCUCGUAUGUAAAGAGAACGAUGCAUACUCUGAGUUCGUCGCCCUGAUGGACCGAACCUCGCAGUACACCGGCCAGAUGGUCGAUUCAAUGAGUUACUUGAAAGCCAAUCUAGAUGGUGUUGCAUCCAUCACCACAACCAAGGCCGCAGAUGUAUACAAUUCGGCCUGGCAGUUGGCAACCACCAAGCUCGGCCCGACGGAGCGUGACAUGAUCUCAGCAGGAGAGGAGAGUGACCAGAGAGUACUGUACAAUGCAACAUGUUCAUCUACUAGUUCGACAGAAGCAGAGUCGCCUCGGGCGAAUAAAUCUGCGAGUCCUGAAGUAACGGAGGCUGCUGAGGGGCUUGAAUGA